CCGCCUUCACGUUGUUCGCCGUUGUCCUAGGAGCAGGAGCUCGAGACUCACGUCGUGCAGAUCAAAACCUUUAUUACAAAAAAAAAAAAAAAACGCGAAGAAAAGAAACAAUACCCGUUUCAUUCUGGAGGAGCAAUCUUUCUCUGCUAUGAAGUGUCUUUGAGAUCCAGACUUGUAUCGACGGAUUGUCCUUCUGGGGACUUUUUAAAUUGCUUUGUUCCUCUUUUCCUACUGAUUUGAAUUUCCGUCAUUUCAAAAACAUGUCCCAGAAACUGAACAAUGAUGGUGCUCAAAAAGGCUUUGCUGUUGGCCGUGGCCUUUUGGCAGCUGCUGAGACUUUAAACUUUAGUGUGGGUGAGACACACUCUGAUCCAUACAGCUCCUCUUCCCAGUCCCAUAGCGGCAUGGCUGGUUUGAUUGGAGGGGAGGGAAAAGACCGGGACUCUCAGCUGCCCCACCGAGCGGGCAGCCACAUUAGCAAUACAAUGAAACUCUUCGCCAGCCUAGGUCUGUCACCAACUGACCUGGAUGCCCUGGCACAGGUUCCAGAGGAGAACAUCAGCGUGGAGACCUUGCCCCAACUUAUCAUGCAACUUAAGAACCGCAAGAUGGAAGCAGGCCAUCGCAUGGCUGGCGAACUGUCAAGAGUGUCUUCAGAGACUUCCUACAGAGGCAGCCGAGAGGAUUGGGGCGACAUGCAAGGUGGAAGAAUGGACCGUUCCAGUGGCCUUGGUCAAAGCCGUUCACAAGGUGACUUUGGUUAUAGUUCCAUGCGCGAUACUUCUGAUCGAGAGUAUGACAUGUUAGAUUACAGCAGCAGUGGCGGCAGAGAGGGACAAUAUUCUGAGCUUUCCCACAACUCCUACCGCAGCCUUGGCCUGUCCACAUCAUCGGCAUCUGACGACAUGUUCAUGCAGAGAAGAAUGGGCACCCCGUCCCAGGGAAAAGUGCAAGAUUUCUUGGGAGUCAUGCCCCCUAUGUUUCCCUAUGUGUGUGCCCUUUGUGAUUUUGAUGUUCACUCUGUCAUGGAAUGGACUCAGCACACAACUGGGAUUCGUCAUUCCGAAAACCGCAGACUCCUUUUGCAAAUGUACCCGGACUGGGAUCCUCACUUGCCCUUGGCUCGCAUGGCAACUUCCCUUUCACUGGACACAAAGAGUCGUCAAGAUGGAUUGCUGGGAGUAGCUCCAAUGGGUGCUGGUCAACAAAGAUCAGGGAUGAGCUCCAACUGGGGGUCUGAUUCCAGUAUGGGAAUGACAAAUAAAAGUUCAUCAUAUGCAGCGGCUCCAAAGAUAAGAAGUAGAGUGGUUGUGGCAAAAUAUGACCGGAAACCACUUUCAUCAAACAGCCUGUUUGCUUUGGCAAAACCCUUUGGCACCAUCCGUGAGCAUCUUGUGCUGAAUAACAAGGCUUUCCUGGAGCUGCAGACACAUGAGGAAGCUUUGGCCAUGGCUAAUUACUACCAGCGUAAGCCUGCCAUUUUAAACGGGAAAGAGAUACACAUUUAUUUGUCAAAAGAACUGCUGGUAAUAAAGAAAUCUGGAAGACCAGAAAGAGACGCUAGACCUGUGAAGGGAGGAGAUAGCCAGGUGGUGUUUUUCUCCAAUUUGCCAAGAGGGAGUGACAAGAAAAUGGAGCUCCUGACAGUAGCUCGUAGAUUCGGCACUGUUGAGAAACAUCUUUUCCUAAAUGAUGAGGCAUUUGUUCAAUUGAGCAAUCCUGAAGAUGCAGAGAUGUUGGCCAAAUACUACAUUCUCCAUCCUUUGACUAUAAGUGGAAGAUCCAUCCGACUGAAUAUCUGCACAAAGUACAAAACACUAACGGUCCCACCUGGCAAAGGUGACCAAGGAAGGGAGGAACAUACCCGCAAGAGUAGCAGUAGUAGCGGCACCAGCAGAACUGGUGACAAAUCAUCAAGGAGCCAGAGAUCCUCUAGUUCCAAAGCCAAGGAGAGCUCAGAAGAGAAAAAAGAGAAAUCAAAGCCUGAAGAUGCAGUCCAGGGAGGUGGAUCAGAAGAUGAAGAAGCUGAUGUUAUGGAAGCACGUGAUGGAGAUGAAGAGGAUUUUAAUGAAGAGCCCUCUGAAGAUGAUGCCAAUCUAUCUUGUGAUCCAGAGCAAGCCGGUACACAGCCACCAGAUAUUGACACUAAUGUAGAGGAUGAGGACCCCAAAGCACAGCAAGCCAAAGAUGGCACAGAUGAUGCGAAGACUUUGGAAAACCAAGAAGAUACUGAUGAAAAACAAGUAGAGACUCCCUUGGAGAAUCCUGCGGUAUCUGAGGCUAAGCAGGAGGAGAGCACCGCUGAGUUAUCUAAAGAGCAAGAGGAAAAGAAUGAUGCACAACCUGAAGAUCAGGUUGCUGAAGAGGACAGUACAGAGCAGGAGGGUCAAGGUGAAACUGACUUCCCAGAAAACAUGGAUGAGUUUGUUACUCUUGAUGAGCUAGCAGAGGAGGAUGAUGCUGAGAAACAAGACUCCAGGUCCAAAGCUAAAAACACAUCAGGAAGCUCCAAGGAAAGUGGAGGAUUGAGAGUUGUCAAUGUUGUUGGGUUUAAACGUGGCUAUGGUUAUCUUGAUGAAGUCCUUGCCCUUGCAAAGCCAUUUGGGAGAGUGGUCCGUCACCUGGUCUUGGAUGUGAGGCCUGAGGCCUUUCUGGAGCUGUCCAAUGAACAAGAGGCAAGAGCUAUGGCUAGUUUCUACAGUGGAAAUGUCAUAGCAUCUGUGUGUGGAAAACCAGUGAAGGUUUACCAUUCACACACCUAUCCAACCAUCCAGAGUGGCAAAGUCAUCUAUGUUGGCAAUGUUCCUCCCUUCAAAACAUCAGAUGCAUCACUUCUGAAAAUUGCUGAACCAUUUGGAAAAAUCAAAAGAUACUUUGUCAAUCGAUUACGCAAUGAGUGCUUCAUUGAGAUGGAAAGAGGGGAAGAUGCUGAGAAAAUGGCAGAGACCUACAAGGACAAUCCACCUAAAUUUGAAGGCAAACGAUUGCUUGUCUACAUAAGCAGAAAAUAUAAGCAACUGAAACAUGGACACAGACCUCCAACUCCAGAACCAGAAGGUAAAAAGCCAUCCAAGAGGGAGCGCUCUGGAGAGGCUGAGGCCCAGAAAAGUAAUGGCAAAAAAGAGGAAGAACCAUCUGCCAAGAAGAGCAAAGUGGAAAUGCCUGCCACUGAUAAACCUGAAGAGGUUGAGAAUCAGGAAGAAAACGAAAGGCAAAUUGUUUCAGAAGAACCUGUUCCUGAGGUGAAGAAAGAGCCAGAGGAGGAACUAAGCAAAGACACCGCAGAGGUCCAGGAUAUGGAGACUGAACCUCAGGCAAAAGAUGAAGAAGCUGUUGCUACUCCCCCUGUUGUUGUAUCGGAGAAGAGUGUGGAGACUGAGGAAAAAGCCACUACAUCCACACCACCACCACUUGAAACUAAGCCUGAAACUAGCCUUGCUACGCUUGGGGCACAUGACCCUAAUGUCCCAGUGGGUGUGGAGUUCGUAAAGAUGGGAUACUACUGCAGAGUCUGCUUCCUGUUUUACUCCAAUGAGGAAACUGCUAAGAAAGUUCACUGCAGUAGCCAAGCACACUAUGAAAAACUUAAGAAACAUCUGGAAAAGGAGACAGCCAGAGUGCAGAGCAACGUUACGAAGAAGUGAACCUUUUAUGCUGGAACCUCUCUUAAUAUGUCUGUUAUGCUAUUGAUUUUUCUUGUGUUCAGCUACUUUCGGUAUCUUAUUUUCUAAUAAAAUGGUUAGACUGAGGUAUUGCUUAUGUAGUAAUUUGUAAGUAGUUUGUUGUAAAACUGGCACACUCAUCAGUAAUUCUUAGCUGUUUAGUUAUCACAAUGUUAAGACAUUUUAUGCUAUUAAUGUCCUUCUGGUUUUCCUUUUUUUAAUUAAACCAAACAUUCCUCAGACCCUGCCUGUUGUAAUCAUUUUCUCUCUUGUAAUUUAUAUUUAUUUUUCUGUGAAAGGAAAAUCAACUAUUGGCCUCACAAAUUCAGUGUUAUAAUGCAAUGUAUGACAUUUCACACAGAGUAUCUUCAGGUGCAAAAAAAAAUAAUACCAUCAUUAAAUAGCCAGAGUUUUCUUGCAAAAUAUCGAAGUAUAUACCUGCCACCAUGUUUUCAAUAAUGGUAUGCUUAAAGGCUUUGGAAAAUAGCGAGCUUUAAUUUUCAGAACAUUGGAACUAAAUAUCAGGAAAAUAAAGUUGCAUUGUUAAUACUG